UUAGCUCAGUUAGCUGCAGUGCUUUCAGGCUCCAGUCACCAGCAGCUCUGAGCUCCAGAAACAAACUGCAGCGGACUGAGAAACCCAAAUAUAAACCAUUAAACUUUAACUAAACAGAUGCCACAACUUAGCUUUUAGCUUCACUCGAGUAAACUUGAAGACAGUAAGUUAUAGAGACAAACCAGUUAGCUUUGCUAGCUGCGUUAGCUAGCCGACCAUUCCUCCUGCCUGGCGUCAUUUCCUACUUUUGAAACUCGCGGCCAGAAAGUAACGAAACGGAGAUGGACUUACAAGUGGGAACUGAACCAAUGACCCUGGGCUCUCCCACCUCUCCCAAGCCGACCCCUGGAGCCCAGUUCCUGCCCGGCUUUCUGAUGGGGGACCUGCCAGCUCCGGCAAGCCCACAGCCACGCCCCUUCAGCCUGACCUCGCCCAUCAUCGAGAGCACAGGAGGAGGUGGAGGCUCGGCCCCGCAGCCUGUCGUCCCCACCCCGAAAGAUAAGAGCGGAGCCCCCCCUGUUCGCAGUAUCCAUGACGACCUGAUCAAUGUGGCCACGCCACUCAACACACAUAGGCAGUCUUUUCCAGUUAUGCAUUCUCCUCUGUCGGCACGAGGGGCCUCAACUCCAGGUGUGCAGCAGCUGUGCCUGUCUCCAGCUCAGGUGGAUCCCUUCUACAGUCAGGGAGAGACUCUGUCAUCUGACGACCAGCUGGAUCAGACCUGGGUCACUGUGUUUGGUUUUCCUCCAGCGUCAGCCUCCUACAUCCUGCUGCAGUUCGCUCAGUAUGGAAACAUCCUCAAACACACGAUGGCGUCUCCUGGUAACUGGAUGCACCUUCAGUAUCAGUCCAGACUUCAGGCCAGGAAAGCUCUGUCGAAAGAUGGCAAAGUGUUUGGUGACGCCAUCAUGGUGGGAGUCAAACCCUGCAUAGACAAGAGCGUGAUGGACAGCUGUGCCGCUGUCUCUUCUCCCCUCUCCACCUCCUUCUCCUCCUCCGUCCUCCCCUCCACUCCUCGCUCCGCCAUCAGGCCGCUCAGCGCCGCUUACAGAAACUCCGGCAGCGACUACCAGGUGGUAGCAGACAGACAGACACCCAGGAAGGACGACAGUUUUGUUUCCAAAGCGAUGGAGUACAUGUUUGGCUGGUGACAUUACGCAAUGCAUCAUGGGAUACCUGCAGCCUGAAGAAGAGAGGGGGCUCUAUGGACAGAUGGUUGAACUGAUUCACUACACUUUGUGUACGCGUGUGUGUGAGUGAGAGUGUGUAUGAGUGUGUGUCUGUUGAGGUGGAGGAUCUUUCUGUCUUUCUCUCUCUUCUUUUAUAAUCAGUGUUUUUUAAUAUUUUUGUCUCAAUAAAGUU